AUGGCUACUUUUCUACCUGGUGCAUUUGGCCCAGGAGCUGCACCGGUCGGGUCGGAGCCCUUCUCGCAGGCUCUGCAGGUGCACCGCGACUGUGCAGAGCGCUGCGCUUCCGAAGGCAUCGCAGUUUCAGCGGAUUCCGGUGCCGAGAAGGCUGUCGACACGCUUCGACGAUGCGGCGUCGUGCAGCUCCUGGGUGCUUAUGAUUUGACGGCGUUGGAUCGCUUUCAGAAGGCCUUUGAUCAGCUGAAGUCCAAAGAGAAGGCAUACAAGAAGUUGCUUGACACCAAGCAGCUUCAUGAUGGCCGAUAUCAGGUUUAUCUUCCGUUUGCGAAGCCAUUCUCUUCACGCGAGACUCUAGGAGUCAGUGAUUUGGUGCUGGAGGUGCUGCAUGCCUACUUCAUGACAAGUGGGGGCAGCUUUGGCAUAGAUCACGUUUCGGUGUUGACAUCUGCCAGUGGAAGUGCAAACCAGAGUUUGCAUCCCGACGUGCACUAUUUCAAGGGCUUGUCAGUCUCGGUGCACACGGCUUUGCACGACAUACCUUCAUCUUUGGGGCCGACGUACUUCUGUCCUUGCACUGGGGAAUCCCUGACUCGGGAGGACUGGCCAGCCAGUGCUGCCAUCAAAAUGACAAUCCUGAAGCGGAAGGACUGUUUGGCAAGAUCCUUUGCACCUUCCUUCACCGCGCCCGGUACAGUCACCAUCUAUGACGGGGCGAUGUUCCAUAAGGUGGACUGUUGCAGAGAGAUUCAGGUGUUCCAACAGCGAGGUCACGACCCUUUCAAGGUGCGCCUGCUGUUUUUGCAGGGAGUGUCACGCGACCACGACGUCUUCAUCAGGCCUGCGAGUUGUGCGAUUUUCGAUGCUGAGGGAGAUAUGCUGAAGGGAUUUCCUGGGAACCUUCAGAUGAAUGGGAGCACUCCAGGAGCUGCUCCAGGAACUGGCUGCUACUCUUGCCAGACCUUCGUAAUGUCGUCUUCUCGAGGUGUAGAUGGAAAGGUGCAUACAGAAAGAUAUUCCUCUUCGGACGUUGGCAAUGCCCAGCAUGGAAUCCGAGAGGCACAGCACGCAUACUCCAACUCUUCCACAGCUGAGGACAAGAUGGGUCUAGAACGACACCUGGGCGAGAGAGCUCGGAAGAUGGUCAAGGAGCGCAAUCGCUUCACUCAGGACGAAAGAUGUCAUGAAAUGCUGCGAGGCAUGGACGAGGGAGGCCGGGACCACUUCGACAGAGACUUUGGAGGAGAAACAGGGAAGUCUUGUUCUGUUUCCAACAAGGAGACCACAGACAUCGGCUGUGCUUUUUUGGGUUGGACGGCUGGACAAAAACUCAGGGGUGCCGCAUAG